ACAACCUUCCAUCACCAUUCAUGGAUUUGACUGCUCUAAUUGACAAUUUCUCAAAGCAAGGCCUUGAUGUUAAAGAUCUGGUUGUACUUUCCGGCGGCCACACAUUGGGGCUUGCCCAGUGCCGGACCUUCAGAGAUCGCAUCUAUAAUGACACCAACAUCGAUCAAGGUUUUGCAACACAACGCCAAGCUUCAUGUCCACGCGUUGGAGGCAACUCUACCCUUGCUCCACUCGACCCGUCUCCUGCCUUCUUUGACACUAGAUAUUUCAGUAACUUGGUGAUGAAGAAAGGACUUUUGCACUCCGAUCAAGUAUUGUUCAAUGGUGGUCAGACUGAUAAUCUUGUCAACACUUACUGCGGAAACAUUCGUGUUUUUGCUAAUGAUUUUGCUUAG